UUUGCAUCAGCAGCAUUGCCCGUUCGUUCUUUUGUCUUCUCGUUCUCAUCUCUCUCCCUCCUUAAACCCCACUAUUUCCAGGGUUUUACAAUUCACGCAGACGAAAAAAGCCUCGGCUUUUACCAACAAUGGCCAAACUUUAGUAUCCGAUUCAACAUCCACCAUGGGUUCUUCCGGUGCUUUCUCUCUUUGCUCUCACACAAACAUAUUCACUCCCAAAUUCACCAAUCUCAAGCUUUCCUAUGAUUCCCUUAAACCCCUUUCCUUAACCAAUCCAAAAAACCAAUUCACAUUCCUAAAAAUCAAACUUCUUAAAUCCCCCAAAACCAUCACCCACUUCUCCAAACCCCACAAAAAUCUCCACCGUUUGUUGUUGGAUAAAGCCGUGGGUUUUCUCGUGGGGUCGGUUUUCUUUAUUGGGUGUUUCAAUAUAAGAGCCGCCAUUGCAGUUCCUUCUCAAACAAGCGGUUCCAGUGCGAAAUUCGAAGAAAUUAGAGAUACCCAGAAGGAGGAAACUGAAGAGGAAGAACUUUACGAGAAGCUUUUGGAGAAAGAGCCAAAAAAUGUAGAGGCUUUGAAGGUGGUUUUGUAUGGCAAGAUGAGAAGAGGGAAGACCAAAGAGGCCGUGAAGUAUGUGGAGAGGUUGGUCGAGUUGGAACCGGAGGAAGUUGAGUGGAGGCUUUUGAUGGCGCUUUCUUAUGAAAUGAUGGGGCAACUAAGCGUUGCAAAGAGGUUGUUUAAAGAAAUCUUGGAGGAGAGGCCUCUCUUUCUCAGAGCUUUGCAUGGUCUAGCGUUGGCGAUGCACAAAAAUAAUGAAGGUCCAGCAGUUUUCAAGAUGUUGAAUGAGGCUCUGGAGAUUGCUCGCCGUGAAAAAAGAGUCACUGAGGAGAGAAACAUAAGAAUUUUGAUUGCACAGAUGCAUGUUGUCAGGGGGGAAUUGGAGGAGGGCUUGCAGGAAUUUCAAACUCUAGUUGAUGAGGAUCACCGUGAUUUUCGGCCUUAUCUCUGCCUGGGCAUUAUCUAUAGUCUGAUGGAUAAAAAGGAGGAGGCUGCUGAGCAAUUUGAGACAUACCGGGCUCUUGUGCCCGAAGAAUUUCCGCAGAGGAAUUUUCUUGAUGAUGUUGUGUUGGCUGCAAAAAAACAGUCUCGAGAACAGUUGCAGAAGGAGUUCAAGGCUGAAUACUCAAACUGGAAGUAUUAGCUUAAGUGGGGCCUUCUCGAGCUCAAAACAAAAGUAAUAGUUUCUUUCCCCCCUUUUUUGUUUCAAUGGCAAUUUGACAAUGCCAAAGCUUGUUCAUCUUGGCAUUGAACUGUAGAUGAGAUUUGUCAUUUGUGGAAAAUGAUUUAUAUCGGAGAGAAGUAUGUGGUAGAGUAUGAGCGAUAAACACAGUUUUUAACCUUCUUAUCAAAUAAUCAUCAUUAAAGUAGGAUAUAAUUUUUCAGGCCUAGCAAAGAAUUAUUCUUACUUCGUAAUUC